UCACUUCAUACAACUUUUUAAAUUAUAUAAAAUUAUUUAAAACUUUUGAACGAAACUAAUUUGCCGAUUAUUUGAUACUUGCAAUAAAACAAAUGAUAUAAUCAUUGAAACUAAUAGACAAACAGACGCUUACAUGUGAAUGCAAUAAUGCAAAAUUCUAGAAAUUUCCACCAGUUUACCUUUUUUCGUAGAUAGCGUCAACCCCGUAACAGUCAAUGGGUAUUUCGGCACCCUUUUUAUUUGCAUACAGCCUUUACAUUUAGAGAAUUAUAAAAACAGGGUCUUUGAAACAGUCUAGCCGGCUCUUUUUAACAGGCGCAUUUAAGGUGCGCAUUACCUCAGAAAAGGAAGUGGGGAGAAGUAAGGACCCGAAAAACAAGGGAGGAAAUGAUGAAUCACCUGUUGCGACACGUUAUAUUAUCUCGCUUGAAUAGAUUAUCAUCUCAACAUCUUAUAGUUCUGACAGUCGGCACAGCCUAAAGUCAUCAAAGAAGAAGAAGAAGAAGAAGAUCUCAACAUCUCUGUCCAGUGAAUCAGAAAUAAGUGAAACUUUCUGAUGGAUAAUGGCUGAAUCUGAUAUAAAAUUUGCAAGUGUUUACGUUUGGGAUCAUCAAACCUCGUACAUCGUGCCGGUGAAAAAUAUUUUGCAUUUCAAACUAAAAACUUUUGAUGUAAAGCAUAAAAAAGCAUACCAAAUAAAAUUAAAUUCUUCAAUUGUAAAAGGAUACAUCAAUACUGUCGGUGAAAUAAGGAUGUUACUGGGAUGUAACAGAGUACAGGUUCCACCAAGGAAAUUUGUGCAAUCAGCUACCGAAUAUUCUACUGAUGACGAUUUGGUGCCAAAGUCAAAUUUGAAGUCAACAAGAAAUCAGAAGAGUACCAAAGGUAUCAAAUCAGUUGAAGACAUACAAUUUCAUCUGGCGAAGAGAUUAAUUGAAUUGGAAAUUCCUUCCCACAAUGUAGAAGGGACUCAGUUAUCGGAGGUAUUAAAAGCAAAGUUUUAUUAAAAUUUUAGUUUUUAA